AUGCCGGUCGCGGAGAGCAGUCGACUUUACGCACCAACGCGUUCCUCUCUCGCUAAGGCACGCGCUGUCAGUCCACCCUCGCAGCGGCGCCUCUCCCCCGCAGGCAGCAACGGAAAUGGGGCGCAGGGUUCCGAGCCACGUGCUGGUUCAGCCCGAUCUUCGUCCCCCAAUAGAACCGCUGCACCCGCAGGCAACGGGCUCGCGCGAGCAAGCGGAGCAAGGAGCAGGGAGGGUCAGCGCGUUGAGGUCUCAGCAGAGACGCGGAGGUGGUCCGUAGGGAGCGGUACUUCGCGCCUACCAUCCCCCUCAUCUCCCCCUACCUCCCCGCGGUUCACUCGACGCAGGGAUACCUCCUCCCCGCCUUCCUCCCCCGGCCUCGGACCCGGUCGGCCGUCCCGGCGAACGGACCACGCCCGAGUUGGCGGACACGUGGCACUGGGGAGGCAGGGGCUAGCGGUGAUGCAGGGACGGUGGCUGUCGGAUUCAAGCUCAAGCGUUUCGGUGCUGGGAGUGGUGGAGGAGCAAGGGGGGGACGCGGGCGAGGGGUCGCGACAAGGAUCGGUAGACGCUUUCGAGGCGAUGAGCAACAGCAGCCAGAUCAGCGACUCCGGUAGCUACAGCGGCUCCGCGCCCACCGCCGCGCGGAACGGUCAUGUCUACUCCACGGACGCCGCGAGGCAGAGCCGUUUGGAUCUUGAGCCGCGCCACGGCGGGCAAGCAGCUAGACUAGCCACCCCUGCUGAUGUGGACAGGUAUCACGAGAGCGGUCGGCAGUUGGGGCAAAUGUUACGGGGGGCCGCGGGGCCGGCGCGCAUUGUCAGCCCCGCGGAACGCGCCGUAGCUGCGGAACUUGCGACAUUGGCGGAUUCCGUCACGGACGCAGACGUGUAUGCGCCGUCCCCCGCCGCAGCCGCGCUUAUGUCCGCAACGGACGGGCUCUUCUCCGCCGCGUCCGCUUACGCCUCCGCCUCUGUUCCCCCGCCCCCUGGCGCGCCUUCACCAACACCCCUCUACAGUCUCUCCGCGCAUCAGCCUGUCUCAUCCUCCCCGUGGCCCCCGACGGUUGUUGCGCUUGCGCGUCCACCUGAGGCGGGGCUGGGCGGACUUUAUGUAAGGGCGCGGUUGGGGCGCACCCUGGGGUACGGGAGCGCGGGCGGAGGGGGGGAGGCCGGGGGGAGGUGGGCUACAAUGGAGUCGAGCAUUGAGGGGCAGGGGCGGGAGAGGCAGCAUCAGCAGCAGCAGCAGCCAACGAAGGACGCCAAGGAGCUGGCACGGUCGCUGCUGCUGCAGCUGUCGGGCGGCAGAAAGGCGCCGCUGGGGGGAGGCGCGCCGCAGGUCAUUGCGGUGCGCGAUCGGAGUGGAGGGGAGGCGGCGCAACGGGACUCCGGAGCCUCGGGAAUGCCGGCUGCAGUCCGCGGGGAUGGCAUGAGCGGGCAGCGGCAAGGGGUGGAGGGGGCGACGAGUGCAUUCCCGGGUCGAGGGGCCGUGACCGGCAGGGAGGAGGAGCAGGGAGAAGUUGACUCGAUUAUGACUCAGCGAGGUGCUUAUAACGAGAAGCAACGCGGUGACACUGAGAGGACGGGCGGUGGCGUGAUGGGCGGUGAGGAGGAGGGCGGGCUCGCCUUGCACGCGCGCAUGCACGCACUCGCCGACGCCCACGCCCACUGGCUCGCCGCGGAUGCCAGCCAAAUAGAGGACCUGCAAGCUGAAGAGGACAUGGCGAAGCAUGGCGGUGCAGAGGCAGAGGCAGAAGCCUGCGGGGAAGCAGAGCGCGUGUGGGGCGAUGAGCCUUGCGUGCCCGCCCAACAGGCGCUGCCCCUCUUGCACACACAAGGAGACAAGGCACCCGACUCGUCCCUGCUCGCACCAGCAAACCCUCCUCCUGCCCCUCCUCUCACCACCGCCGUCACCCCCGCAGCAGGACCUCUCCAGCCGCCCCUCUCAGCGCCCCCGCCUGCUCUCCCCCUGCCACCACUGGAGUCGCUAAGCACAGUGGACCUGGGAACACUCGCCUUUGUGCCGUCACCAGCGGGCAUGGAGGAGGACCUCGAGUGCAUCCGCUACGUGCUCGUUGCUGCUGGCUUCGCCAACCGCUCUCUCCCCCCUGCGGCGUCUCCAGCUGCGCCCAUCAGUGCGGCGGUGUUUGAAGUGCUGGAGGCGGAGUUCCUGUCGCUGGAUGGCAUCAUUGUUGACCCCGCCAACCCCCUGGGGCCUGUCACGGGGCAAGCAGCAUCAGGAGGCAAGGCAGGAGGUCCAAACGCAUCAUCGCCAGAAGCAACAGCAGAUGGGUUGUCGGAGAGUGAGAGCCUGCCAUCAGAUGCAGCGCCGGCCUUCUCCUCACCAGCUCUCCCUGCCAAUUACCCUGAUGAGCGGCGGCAGCGCCGCCUCCUCUUUGACGCUGUGAACGAAGCUCUCGGCCGCCGCCUCGUGCCUUUCCUCCUGCCCUCCCAACCGUGGCAGCACCUGCAUGCCGCCUGGUCUGCACCCCUACGGAAACGGCCAGCUGGGCGGCGGCUGCUGCAGGAGGUGUGGGCAGAGAUCCACUCGUGGGCUGUGCCCAUGUCUGAUGACGUGUUUGACACCCUGGAUGACCUGGCACGAAGGGACUUGUGGAAGGGAGUGGACACGUGGAUUAACAUGGAUAAGGCUGUGGAUGAUGAGGUGCCAGAUGUUGUGUUUCAACUGGAGGAGGUGCUGAUGGGCGAGUUGAUUGGGGAGAUGUGUGCGGAUUGGAUGGAGAUAGGGAGGAGAAAGCAGAGAGGGAGAGAUGGAAUGCUUGAGUUGAUGGAUGGAGGAAAGCACCAUGGUGGAGGGAGUGAUGUGUUUAUAGCAGGAAAGGAUGGAGGCAAGGCAGGUGUGGUGGCCGUGGAAGAGGAGAGUGGUUCGGCAAGAGGGUCACCGGACACGAUAACCGGAUUUCUGCUGGCCGGAGUGGGCCACAUGGACGUGCGGCGACGGAAGAACUAUCUCGUCGUCGACUCCAAGACCCCUGUGCGACAGAUCGAGGAGUCGUUUAAAGAGUUCAGCAACAGGGAGGACGUCGCCGUCAUUCUUAUCAGCCAAUAUAUCGCCAACAUGAUUAGGUACAGCAUCGACAGCUACAACAAGCCCAUACCAGCCGUGUUGGAGAUCCCCAGCAAGGAGCACCCGUACGACCCCAACCAGGACUCCAUUCUCUCGCGCGUCAAGCACAUGUUUGCCUCCUCUGAGUCCGUUUCUGACUCCAGGGUCUGA